AUGCAGCUCCAGCAGCAACAACUUCAUCAACAGCAACAGCAACAGCAACAGGCCCAGCAGCAGCAAGCCCAGCAGCAGCAAGCCCAGCAGCAGCAAGCCCAGCAGCAGCAAGCCCAGCAGCAGCAAGCCCAGCAACAAGCCCAGCAGCAAGCCCAGCAGCAGCACCAACACCAACAGGCGCAGCAGCAGGCACAGCAACAGCAGCAGUAUCGCCUGCUGAGCAUCGAGGAUGAAAAGAUUUAUCAACUUGUUCUUGAACUCACUAACCCUGUCAAUCGUGAGCAGGCCUUGUUGGAGCUCAGCAAGAAGCGCGAGCAAUUUGAGGAGCUGGCCCUGGUCCUCUGGCAUUCGUAUGGUGUUAUGGCAGCCCUCUUGCAGGAAAUCGUUGCAGUUUAUCCAUUGCUAGCCCCCUCGGGACUGACGGCCCACGCCUCCAACCGUGUUUGCAACGCGCUGGCGCUCUUGCAAUGUGUGGCCAGCCACCCCGAAACUAGGGGAAUGUUUCUAAAUGCCCAUAUCCCUCUGUUUCUGUACCCUUUCUUGAAUACAACCAGCAAGACCAGGCCAUUCGAGUAUCUCCGUCUAACAAGUCUUGGUGUUAUUGGCGCGCUUGUUAAGAACGAUAACACGGAAGUCAUCACUUUCCUGCUUUCGACAGAAAUUAUUCCUUUGUGCCUCCGCAUCAUGGAAACGGGAAGCGAACUCUCCAAGACUGUCGCUAUCUUUAUCGUACAGCGAAUUCUCUUGGAUGAUAUGGGUCUUGCUUAUAUUUGCCAGACUUAUGAACGGUUCUAUGCUGUUGGCACUGUCCUGAGCAACAUGGUUCAUCAGCUUGUCGACACUCUUGCCGUCCGUUUAUUAAAGCAUGUUGUCAAGUGUUAUCUUCGCCUGUCAGAUAAUCCAAGAGCUCGCGAGGCUCUGCGCCAGUGUCUCCCUGAACCGCUGAGAGAUGCUACGUUUGCUCAGGCUCUGAAGGAUGAUUUGACGACCAAGAGAUGUCUUGCCCAGUUGAUCAUUAAUUUGUCCGACAGCGCCUCUACAAACUGA